AUUAUUUCCUCCCUCACUGUGCAAAAUAUAAAAAGAACCGAAGUUAUUAAAAAGGUAAGAGAGAAUAGGAGAAAAGAAGGGAGGAACUCCUUUGAAACAGAUCAUAAAUACAAACUUCUGGAUAAUAAGUGGGUUUCAUCUCAGUCAAUAGGAGUUUUGUCUUUUGAAUUCUAUGGGAACAAAUGUGUAUUGGCUGAACUUUAGUUACAGGCUUCUUUCCAUUAGUUCCUUGCAGCGUAGAUAUUGCUCACAAAGUUAUUCGUGCAAGGAGAACUUCCAAAAUUUGCCACAUUGUUCACUUGGUUUUUUUAUACUGCUGGUGCACGUCAUGCAGGUGAAACUGCGAAGUGAUGGAUGUUCUCCAUGGAGGCUGGCUAUGCUCCGUCGGAGAAAGGGCAUUUGAACACAUUUCUAGCCCUGCCUCCUUGAAUUGUUUAGUUCUGUUGCACAAAAGAAAAAUGGAGCUCCUUAGUCUAUUGCUGUUGCUUAUUACCCGUAGUGUAUUAUAGUCUGGACUUGGUGAGACAUUUUUUGUAUUUAAAUUUAGACAAAAAUUGUAAUUUCGGUUCUGUAUAGCUAAAAAUGUUAUGCUUGGGAAGGGGGAAAAAGGGGAGUGCUUCUAAGAAGGAGCAGGGGCUAAUUUUACCAAGAUACAGAACUAGUCUCACUGCAGGUAAAACCAGUUCCUUUGACAUGAGGUUACACAAGAGCUCGUUCUUCAUGUUUAAAUGAUUCUAUGAACAUCACCUAAUGUCUGUAAAAGUGACCCAUAUGCUAAGGAUCUCCUGUGGUUUUAAUAUUAUGGGACCCUGAUUUUUAAGCUAUUACAUUUUUUUCAGGCUAAUUUUUGAGGUGUUCAUUCUGAUUCGGAAAGACAUGAGAAAGCAGAUGACAACCUUCAAUCAUGUUUAUUUUUAGUCCAUCAAAAGUUCUUCCUGACCAAUUUUGUGUUUUCUUUGCAUUGGUUCCUUGCAGCGUAGAUGCUUCUUUCCAAGGGAAGGACUGAAGAUAAUUUGAACUAAAGGUAUGGAAUUAUGGAAGGAGAGCUGUCAGUCAGAAGUAUUUAUAGAGGAUAUCGGACUUCCCUCGCAGUUAGACUGAGCAUAGGAGUAAGUGGAAUGAUGCAGAAUCAUGUAUUUCAAAUCUGAUUCUGAUAAUUGCGUAAAUGAGCGUAUGGGAAAACCAGCAGAAACUAAUGCAAACACCAGUUAUUUCACUUGAUACUUUCCUAGUCCUUACAGAUGCAAAAAUAGCCAUUUCAUGUUUCUUGAAAAUUGAGAAUUAUCUGGUUUGCAACAACAUCAGUUGAUUUAUUACCAAAUUAUGAAAGAUGUUAGUUGUAGAUCACAAUGAGAACAGCUCUCAAACGAUACUGUUUUUCAGUAGUGAUAAUAUCUUAAGUAUUGUUACUGAUUUACUGAGGUAUAUGAAUACAAUUCCAUUAUGGUUUUUCAUCUAGAUUUUGUAUAAUGUUCCUUUCAAAGAUGCUAUUGCUUUUUUGAGACCAAACUAGCAAAAUAAUUUUGUCUUUUUGUUUGGAUUUUUUUUUUUGUUAAGGGAAUUUGUCAAUAGUGGCUCAUAUGUGAGCUUAGGUGUGUAGUCUUAAAAAAAAAAUUUAAAAAUGUAUUUUGUGUUGGAGGCUAUAUCAGAAAAUAAAUUACUGAAACUUCUAUAACUGUGCUGUGUAAGUGACCCCUGAUGUGACACUGUCUACCAAGAGCCUUCUGUGAUGCAGAUGGAGUUUUAAGCAUGAGAUGCAGCUGCCUAAUGAUAUCAUCUUCUCUCUUUCUUGCAUACAUGUGCUGGAGCCCAGAUGGAAAUGCUUUUCGGAGCUGCAGUUGGAAAGAGUACUUUCCCUACGAAUCCUUUCAGUAGUAGUGCUACCACUGGAAACUGACUUAUUUAACUAAUAGGAUCCCCCUUGUAUGUGACUUUGAGCACCAAACAGUUUUUCUAGAUUAGUGCUACUUUCAAACAAAAAUUUGUCAUGUAGGAAUGAGAAAGUUUUUGUUGCUGUUCCAAGCACUAAUUUUCACUGUCCUUCCACAAGCCUUGAUGGUGGCAAAGUAAACUGUUGUCUCAGUUUCUGUGAUUCAAGUACAUGAUAUUCCUCAAACAACUAAGAUCUUAGUGUUAUACCAGAAACAAAAAAAAUUCAGUCAAAGCUUUUGUGGCUAAUUUUUAUUUUUCAGUGAUGGACAAAAGAAGAAACCACAAGAUGUCACUCUAUCCUAAGAAGCUGAGAAGUACUUUCCCCUUGACAGUAAUCCUAUGGGAGUGUUAGAAAGCUGAGUAUCCUGAAUGGGACUCAAGCAUAUGUAGGUCUUGGUAAAAUCAAUGAAAGUUUCUUGAGUUCAAGAGCAUAGACACAGGUGCCUGAGAUAAAUAAUCGGGGGUGGGGGGAACAAGCCCAAAAAAAAACCUGCUUUGUGUUGCAAACUUUUCUGUGAUUCUUGGUAAGAGAUUGCUGGAUUAAGUUCAUUGCUCAUAGGGGAAUUUUCAUCCAGUUCAUAGCCUGCAUGAUUGCAUUGUGUAAUUGGUGUGGGAUGAAAUAAAAGAAAAAAAGUUUGUUCUUUCAACCCAUCUCCAUGAACAGCAGUAGAGCUGUACUGUGGUUACUUCAGGGUGUCAGUGCUGCAAUAGGAGAUGUAUUUUCUUGACUACAAGAGAGAAAUAACUACGGUUGAAGUCAUUCAUAUGCUGGUCUUAUUGUGGUGGUGUUCUCUUUUGCUUACCUCUCUUAUUUCCCCCACUCCCUUGCUGCCUUACAUACAGUCACUAGAAUUUCUAUGUGAGCAGAUUCCCAGCGUGUUCUCCCCUUAUACAGUAAAGUCACACCACUGUCAGGUGUUCUACUCUCUUCCUGGGGAGGAGGCGAUAUUAUUCCUAUGAGGAUUUUCUAAAAAAGACAAGGCAUACUCCAAAAGUAGUGUUUACAAGCUAAUUCUUGAGUUGUUUCUGUCCCUUUUAAUGGGCAAUCUUUGCUUUUGUCCCUAUAGUGGAAAAUGGAAAUACAUGGAUUAAAAAGAGAUGGAUGAUUUACCCCCAAAACCCAGUGCCAGGGAGGAGGAGAACAGUACCUUAGUAACUCAGAUAAUACCAGCAAGAAGUGAGUUGACUUCCCUUGUGAGCUACUCUGCAUAUACUGACACAGUUGAUGAGAAAUUGUAGAUUAAUUUAGCUUGUAAAACUCUCUGCAGUCCCUAAGGAUUUUGGAUCAAGCUGCAGUAGUCACAGGGGUCCAGACAGAAUGAAGACUCUGCCUGCCUACUGGGGACCUUUGUUAAUUGGUUCAGUAGCUUGUCUUUGGCUUCCAGCUGGCAUUGGUUAAGGGCUGUAAAACAAAGUUACACAUGAGAAACCAUUCGCAAUAGACAAACAUACUUGGUACUGUAAAACUCAUGAACAACACUACAGACCUGUUACCCCCAUCUACCAGGGCUUCUCAAAUGACGUUCUCGUUGUAAUAGCAGUACUAUAUAAAAACAUCCACAUGAAUGUUUUUCAUUUCACAGCACUAAUUAGAAGCCUGAGUCAUGGACCAGUUGCUCUAGGCAUUGGGCAAACUGAAUAAGAAGAUAGACGGAAGUCAUGUAAUAAAAUGCAGUUUAAUUUGCAGUUUAUAGAUGAUAGCACAGUGCAGUAGUCAAGGCUGUAAGGCUAAUGAAGGAUAUCUGACUUAUUCACAGUCACUGUGGCAGGCAGGUAAAUGGUGAAAGGUAGUGAAGAUAAAUGUAUUAUCUGAACAAUAGGCGAGUCUCAGCGCCACUCACUAUUUUAGGAAUUGUUCAGACUUUUUCAAAACACCUUACAAAUACAGGCUCCAAACUCUUAAUGGCUGUGCCUGGAAGUCAGGCAGCUGAUCAUUCUCAGGUGCAACUCUCAAGCAAGCACAGCAAAGCUCAAAAUGUUGGCAGCUGUUCCUAAAAAGCAUGGUAUGCAAACAUCUUCAUGGCACUCUCCACUUUCAACUGUGAUCAAAUAGUCUGAGAGGUUUGUUUCUUAAUGAUAUGUUUGCAACACUGUGUUCUGGAAAAUAAUCUGGUAGAUAGUGGUAGUAAAAUUCGAAGUCUACUAGGACUCAGCUGAGGAAAAAGAUUGAAGUUGUUCCUGCAGCUAGGGAAUUUAGCCCAUUGCUUGACUUUUUAUCUUUUCAGCCAUACUGAAUCACAAUAUGAAUGAUGUUUCAGAUAUGACCCAUGCUUUACUGAUAACAAGUUGUUUUACUAUCUAUCUCUCAUAAACACACAUCUUCUCCUCCCUGUGGAAGAGUCAUCUUUUGGACAAACUGAGGGAAGAACUCCUACAGAAAAAUUAUUCUGUCUUUGUAUAGAAGUGCUUUUAAGUAAGGAAGAAAAAAACAUAGAGGAAAUCUGGGUUGUGUCUAAAUUGUGUCUUUUGUGCUCUUGUUAAGGGAUUGGGAUUGGCCAUGGAAAAAUCCUGGUUUUUCUUUAAUAACAAUUUGUUUGGGUGAGCUUCAACCAUUCCUUCAGGUAUUCUGAUGCUACCAAAAGAGUUUAGACCAAAUCAGAGUUUAACAUUUUUACUCUAUUUACAUAUGUAUGUUAAGAGUCAUGUUUUAAAACCAAGCAAUUUGCAAUGCUGGAAUGUUUGCAUGCGGUAACUGUGUGAUAGCAUUGCCUGAACAGAAUGAAAGAAACACGUCAAAGCAUGCUAAGAAAUAAAAGGCAUCAAGAAGUCCAAUCUUGCCCUGAGACCUGUAAAGAUCAUGGUCUGGACAAUGCCAAAUCUCACUGGUCACCAGCAGUCUGAUAUGAAAAGCCUGUUUAUUUGAGGGUUUUGUCAUUGUCAAUAUACUUUGUAAACGGCAUAUUUCAAAAGGUAACAGCCAGAAAGCUGGCAUAGUUUGACCCAGGAACUAACAAAAUUUCUCAAGUUUAUUACAAGAGAAAUACUGAUCUUAAAAUCCAUUGUCUCUUCUGGGAAAUACUCUCUUUGGGUCAGGCUGCAGCUUGGGCUUACCAGUGUGUAGUGACCAGUCUGUCAUUUUCCAGAAGCAGGACCAUAUAAAACUCCCACUGCUAUUAAAGCCCUCCAUGAAACCCACCAAGAGGUAAAAGAGGCUAAUUCUAACGUUGCUGCUGCCUGUUUUACAUAUGUGUCUCCAUUGCUUUUUCCCCUACAGAAUUUUCUCCUUGGUCUAAACAAAAAGAGAAUCGGGGACAGUGUGCUGCAGUUUAUAAGUUCACUGCAGAGUUUUUGAACAGAAAUUAUUUGCGUAUUGUCCCAAUGUAUCAGAGCUAGUCUUACUGCUACAGUUUCAUAGGGUGCAAGUUGAACAGGCUAACCUUGAAUACUUUUAAUUCAUUUGUUUUCCAGUGUCGUUCCAAGUUUAAUGUCUAUACAUCUAUGGAACAAAGUGUUCUGAGGAGGUGAUCUCUUGAUUACUGACCUUUUGAAUCGUAACACAUGUGGGACAGAGAGCUUGGAACCAUGAGUAAAAUAGCUUGCCUUGUAUCGAGCACUUACAAAAGCUGAGGACGUUACCAGUUCUUCCUCUUCACUAUGAUGAUUACAGCAAGGCUUUAUUCUGCAGUACUUGGCUUUUCCCUGUGAAUGCUCUCCAAGUCCUACCAGUGGGAGUCACAUAGUUUACUGGAAUCCUGAAUGGGCAGGACAAAAAGAAAUUUGUUGCCUAGUGCUUCCUAUGAGUAUCCAUGCAGAUUAUACUAAUGAAAUAUUCAAAGAAAUUCUCUCUCUCUUACUGAUUCAUCCAACACGAAUGCCAUGGAUUCCUGGAUAUAGUCAAACCAGUUCCUCAGGUCAGACUACAAGCAAUCAAAAAUUCUGUAAAUCCUAUUCAUCCUGCUACUCCAUCCUAAGUGAUACACACACUAUUCCACUGGUUUUAGCACAAAACAGAGGAAUCAUCAGGCAGAGCUGUGAUUCUGGGCUACCAUCCCCACUUCCUUCAGAUUCCUUCAAGUAUCUCGGCUGGUGUGACAUAGAAGAACAUGAUGUUCGAGGAAAUCAGCUUCAUUGUCCCCGAGUGAGAGAAGGGCCCUCAGAAGAAGAGCUGUUUUUCAGAGGAGAAGAACAGACUUUGAAAAAAAGAAAACAAGUAACUGACACAGAGAAGUGGCAAAAGAAACUGCAAGAGAACUGGGAAAACUGCGCUGAGUUGAACCUUUCAUUUCAGGACCUGGGUGAUCUUUACCAGGUGGAAAACUUUAAAAGGAUUCUCCAAAGACUAAUUCGGGUGGAAAAACUUUGGUUGGUGGACAAUUCUUUGACAGACCUAAGUGCCAUAAGGUUGCCAAGAUGCAGAGAACUAAAUGUCAAUAAAAACCACUUUACAUCCUUCAAACAGCUGCCAAAGAUACCUCAGAUUCAGCACUUAUCACUUGCUGAAAAUAACAUUGUGACGCUAAGUGGAAUAUCAGACUUCAGACAUACUCCACUUGAAUCCCUUAUACUCAAGAGGAAUCCCUGUGAGUUUCAAGAAAGAUACAGACAACUUGUAUUCUCCAGUUUGCCAAAUCUGAAAAUGCUGGAUGGUAUCCCAAAACUGCCAGAGGACUGUUCACCCCCAGACGUCAGGGGUUUUUUCAAAAUGUGUACUAUACUCUAGCAUUGUAUUUUUGUAGGACCACAGUUGUGCUAGGACCACCUCACUUAAAAGGUACAGUAAAUCCUGUGUAUGGAAGUUACUAUUUUUUGCUGGUCAAAGAGAUACUGAAGCAGAAAUAUAAUUUUUCUGAAUGCAUUUGUGAUACCACAGACUUCAUGUAAGUAUGGAAAAAUUAUAUGUAAAUAAGACAUAAUGUGUAUACUGAGUGUCAUGAGUUUGGUGUAUUAAAAAUAUUAGGUGA